AUGGCGAGGAUGCCGAGGAUGGCCGCGAAGCAGGCCCCGAACUUGCCGAAACCUUUGUUGUCUGCUGUCACGCGCCAAUCGUCUUUGGGAGAGAUCGUCGUCGCUGCUCAAGUCAUCCGCUUUGUUUUCUGCAUCUGUGGUGAAGGCAGCCUUGGGGCAAGGACCCAUUCGUUGGCAAGAGAGUGCGGUAUUAAGAUUUGUUGGCGGAACAGCAACCGCCGCUCCCAAGCCAAGUUUUGCCGUCUUGGCAUUGUACGCUGGUUGGCCAUCACCAAACACAGAUGGCAGGAUUCAGUGUGUUAUGCAGGGACUACUUGGGGGCUGUUCGUUGUGGGCCCCCUCAAAGAGGGGGUUACAAAACCUUGA